AUGAGAAGGGUAGCUGCUAAAUUCGUUCCGCGGUUGUUGACAUUGGAACAAAAGGAAAAUCGUUUAACGAUUUGUCAAGACCUUAAAAAUAGAUCUGCUGAUAUUAAUUUCAUAAAAAACAUCAUCACAGGGGAUGAGACAUGGGUUUAUGGGUACGAUCCAGAAACAAAGUUACAGUCAUCUCAAUGGAAAAAAAAAUUUUCCCCUCGACCAAAAAAAGCUCGCCAAGUGAGAUCGAAUGUCAAGACAAUGCUGAUUGUUUUUUUUGAUAUUGAAGGUAUUGUUUAUUAUGAAUUUGUGCCCAAUGGACAAACAGUCAAUCAGGUAUUCUAUAAAGAUAUAUUAAUACGUUUGCGAGAGAAAAUCCGCAAAAAGCGCCCAGAAAAAUGGCGAAGUGGAACCUGGUUUCUUCAUCACGACAAUGCGCCAGCACAUUCAGCGUUGUAA